AUGACUGUCAAAACCUUAAAUUUUGAUUCUGAGGGUGAUGAUCGAACUCCUAAAAAUUUUGAAGCUUCUAAAAUUUCAUCUCUAGAAGGUAAGCCAAGGCAUAAUAAGUCCUCGGACGAGAUAGAAAGUGCUGAGAUUGACGAUGAUGACUUGGAAGUAGCAGAACUAGACGUUGAGAGAGUAAUAAAGAAGCAAAACACACACGAUUUGUACUGUCCCAACUGCAAUAGUUGCAUCACAAGGCGAGUUAUUCUUCGUAAAAGAAAACGUCGAGUUCGAACUUCCGAUGAAGAGGCUAAACGUAACAAAACGGAAAAUGUGGUUGGGUCCACAUUGGGCAAGGGCUCGGUCCAAUCUCAGGGGGACCAUGUUCAUGAUGAGGACACUGCUGAUAAUAUUGAUGAUCAAAUACCGAAUGUAAAUGAAGUUGAACGUGAGAGUGGUCCUGAGGUAUUCACAUGCUUAUCAUGUUUCAGCUUCUUUAUUCCAACAGGGAAUGGAUUCAAGCUGUUCAGGAAGUUCGGGGACAAAGGUGGAAAUGAAGAAAAACUCGAGGAUGAACAAGCUCCACGAGCGAAAAAGAACUGGUUCACCUCCAUGUUUGCAUCAAAUAAGCCGGAAAUUGCUGUUGAGCAAGGUACUUGUUUUUCAUUUUCUAGGGCGUGCGCGCCACGUGAAGUCUUGUCGUUAGGCGGUGAGACCGGUCACUCGUCUUCUUCACAAAAUGCUACUUCGCACACUUCUGCCUCCGAGAAAAAUGUGGGGCCCGCUGCGAACAAUGAUAGUCUGGUGGAAGGUGGAGAUGAGAACAAUGAUAGUCUUAGUCUCGUCGAGAAUUUAGAUUUUUCAAAUCCAAAGCCUUCGUUGAAUGGGAUCUUAACAAGUGGUGCUGCAGGUAAACUCGAUACAACAUGGUCAGAGACAAUAGAUAAGGAUGCUAUCCGGCUUUCAACACCAGCUGCCGAGCUUAAAGCAUCUGAUGUGGACGGCAAGCUGAACAUUUCGGUAUCAAUUCCCCAUGCUGAGCAACAGGAAGUUCGAACCACUAUUCUAACUGAGUCAUUUAUCGAUAAUAAAAAUGAAAGUUUUAGCAGCACUGAUCAUGGUGAAGUCAACCCCACUGAACCAUCUCAGCAUAUAAUCACAAAAACCAAAUUUGACAUCCACUCGGGGGAGCCAAUGAAAGUCGAAAAUAUCUCUGUAUUGAAAGGUGUUCCGUAUGCAGAAGGCAAAGAUACAGUUAUAACUAUAGAUUCACAGCCGGAUGGGUUAUCUCAAACUGUGCAAAGCAUAAGCAGCUUGUCAGAAACUACCAGUUUAUUACAAGCUUCGCCUCAAACUACUAUUGUCGGUAGAGAGAGAAUCGAAGAAAGAAAAGAGCGUGGGAUUGAAGUGAUUAAGAGCAUAGUUUAUGGUGGGCUAGUUGAGUCGAUCACUAGCUUGAGCAUCGUGUCAUCAGCUGCUGCUGGUGGUGCUGGCACAUUGAACGUUUUAGCUCUUGGAAUGGCCAAUCUCAUUGGGGGGCUUUUCAUCAUCUGUCAAAAUCUCCAUGAACUGAAAUGCGAACGCCCAAUAGAGCCGCCAGCUGGCACCCAACUCCCGAACCAAGCACCAAUAACCGACCGCUACAAAGAACUCCUCGGCCGCCGCCAGAAUUUCUUACUCCACGCAGUAGUUUCCGUGAUAUCAUACCUCGUAUUCGGAUUAGUGCCACCUGUCACCUACAGCUUCUCCUUCCGGAAAACGGACGACAGGCAGCUCAAGCUGCUGGCGACGGCAGCUGUCACCUUUGUAUGCAUUUUCUGGCUGGCUAUUGGGCGGGCCUACGUCCGGCGGGCCCCAAAGCCCUAUUUGAGUUCGGUUUUCACGUUUGCUGUCUUGGGGUUUAUGGCGUCAGGCGUGUCGUAUGCUGCUGGGGCACUGGCCCAGCGGCUGCUGGAGAGGCUUGGGCUGUUUGGGCCGGGCUCGGAGAACGAGGUGGUCGGGCCUGCAUGGGCUUCGUAUUGA